GCCGCCAUCUUGGCAAGAGGCGAAGCGGCAGCGGCUCCUGUCAGGGGCGGCAGGUCCGGAGCGGCCGGAGCUCCGCGUCUCUGGGCGGCAGCCCGAGUCCCUGCAGAGGCAGAGCGCGGCGCGGCGCGCCCCACCUGCGGCCUCACCAUGGUGCUGUUGGCAGCAGCAGUUUGUACGAAAGCGGGAAAGGCUAUUGUUUCUCGACAGUUCGUGGAGAUGACCCGCACUCGGAUUGAAGGCUUAUUAGCAGCUUUCCCAAAACUCAUGAACACUGGAAAACAACAUACUUUUGUUGAAACAGAGAGUGUAAGAUAUGUGUACCAACCUAUGGAGAAACUGUACAUGGUAUUGAUCACUACAAAGAACAGCAAUAUCUUAGAAGAUUUGGAGACUUUAAGGCUCUUCUCAAGGGUGAUCCCUGAAUAUUGCCGAGCCUUAGAGGAAAAUGAAAUAUCUGAGCACUGUUUUGAUUUGAUUUUUGCUUUUGAUGAAAUUGUUGCCCUGGGAUACCGGGAGAAUGUUAACCUGGCACAGAUCAGAACCUUCACAGAAAUGGACUCUCAUGAGGAGAAAGUAUUUAGAGCAGUCCGAGAGACUCAAGAACGUGAAGCUAAGGCUGAGAUGCGUCGUAAAGCAAAGGAACUACAACAGGCCCGAAGAGAUGCAGAGAGACAGGGGAAAAAAGCACCAGGAUUUGGGGGAUUUGGUAGUUCUGCAAUGUCUGGAGGCAGCACAGCAGCCAUGAUCACAGAGACUAUCAUCGAAACUGAUAAACCAAAAGUGGCGCCUGCACCAGCCAGACCUUCAGGCCCCAGCAAGGCUUUGAAACUUGGAGCUAAAGGAAAGGAAGUAGAUAACUUUGUGGACAAAUUGAAAUCUGAAGGUGAAACUAUUAUGUCUUCUAAUAUGGGAAAACGUAUCUCGGAAGCAACCAAAGUGCACGCCCCACCUAUUAAUAUGGAAAGUGUGCACAUGAAGAUUGAAGAAAAGAUCACACUAACCUGUGGGAGAGAUGGAGGAUUACAGAAUAUGGAGUUGCAUGGCAUGAUCAUGCUUAGGAUCUCAGAUGACAAAUUUGGCCGGAUUCGUCUUCAUGUAGAAAAUGAAGAUAAGAAAGGGGUGCAGCUACAGACCCAUCCAAAUGUGGAUAAAAAACUCUUUACUGCAGAGUCUCUCAUUGGCUUGAAAAACCCAGAGAAGUCAUUUCCAGUCAACAGUGAUGUAGGGGUACUAAAGUGGAGACUACAAACAACAGAGGAAUCUUUUAUUCCUUUGACAAUUAAUUGCUGGCCUUCGGAAAGUGGAAACGGCUGUGAUGUCAACAUAGAGUAUGAACUACAGGAAGAUAAUUUAGAGCUCAAUGAUGUGGUCAUCACUAUCCCACUCCCAUCGGGUGUCGGUGCACCUGUGAUUGGUGAGAUCGAUGGGGAAUAUCGACAUGACAGUCGGAGAAAUACAUUGGAGUGGUGCCUGCCAGUGAUUGAUGCCAAAAAUAAGAGUGGCAGCCUGGAGUUCAGCAUUCCUGGGCAGCCUAAUGACUUCUUCCCUGUUCAAGUUUCUUUCAUCUCCAAAAAGAAUUACUGCAACAUACAGGUUACCAAAGUGACCCAGGUAGAUGGAAACAGCCCCGUCAGGUUUUCCACGGAGACCACUUUCUUAGUGGACAAAUACGAAAUCCUGUAAUACCAAGAAGGGAAAGCUGAAAAGGAAGGAUUUCAGAUUAAUAAAGAAGAAGCCAAAAGUGGCUGAAGAGUUUUUCCACAUUUACAAGCCAUUGGAGAUCCCCCCACCCCCUUUUCACAGUGCACGUACUCUGCGCGCAAGGACCCUCAACUCACACCCAGUGUUGUGGUGUCACAGAGACAUUUUUGACAAAGAAAUGACACUGACAUAAAGGGGAAAGGCUGCUGAUUUCUUUGGCCAGCAGGAAGCCAGCUCUCCAGGGAAUGCCCCAGUAAAUAGCUCUUCUGCCUUCACCUAAGUCUCCCUUUAUUUUAAGCCCUAAAUAUAGGUAUAUUUCAUACUUUGUUUUAAAAAGUUUUCUCUAUAGAUUUGAGUCUUUCAUACCCCUUUGCUUUCUGUUUUCUUUCAGUACACUUAGCACACACUGGGGUCAUCUGUCUGUAGUAUUGUGUUCAGCACUCUUGAGAACAAGGUUAUCUAAUCCAUUCUUGACGUUAGAUAGUACCAGUGAACUGUUUAAGGGAUAUAGAGUCUAAAAGUUGAAAUACAAGGUUGUCUUGUUUUCUCUCCUGUAUCCAUCCAUUGCUCCAUCUCUUUUUGAAGUCGUCCUUGUGAGCCCUGCCCUUCCAGUUGCAGGCAGUGCUGUGAAUCCCAUUUGUAUCAAUAUUAAAGGUAGCCAGCUGGGAAGCAGCUUUUAUGUGUACACACCUUUUCAAGAUGCCGAAUAAGAUGGCUACAUCCAUUUCCACACAAAAUCAUGUCUGCUGCUAAUGCUACCCAGACUUACAGUUCUCUACGUGCUUCGGGGCGACUGAGUUGAAGCACUGUAGCCCACUUAGAUGCCGAGUGUCCACCUCUUCCCCUUCCCAGAUGCUCUUCCCUCCAUCAGUCUUCUUUCCAGCAGAAAUGAGUCUAGUGAGUCUGUGUCAUUUCUCAUUAGCCCUAAACCGUAGGAGAGUCCCCAUCUUCACCGUUUGAGCGGUAGCAUUUUGAGAGGCAGGUGAUUAUACUGGUGUUUAGUGAGGGGUUACUCAAAUAUACCCCAUCUAACCUUAUUUACCACCUUCCUCUCUGUCCUUGUUUCUGAAAACCUUUUUUCUCCUCCUCAGCCUUUUUGGUGUCAUCAUGUAAUAAUUGUAGGAGUUUCUCAGCUCAUUUUGAUCUAUUACUUUUUCAAUAGGGGCUGAAUCAGCCAAUCCUGCCAAGCACUGGAUUGGGCGGGGUGGACGAUCAGUUGCUGCAAGGCUGCAAGCAGUAGCAAUGGGAAGCAGUAAAUGACAAUAGAUGACCUCCACUCUCGGGUGGCUGCAGAGCAGAGAUCUCUGAACACCUGCCUUCCCUGGCAAGAGUAUAUUAUCCAUGGAGCAGAGCGGUCCCACAGAAGGCUGUGGCUGGGACAGCUUGCCAAAGAAAUUUCUAGCCUUUCCCUUUCCCCUAAACUGCAUCAGGGAAGAAUCCUUAUCUCUAGCUUCGUUUUCACAUGAGGUUUUCUGAGGAAGGGGACUGGGAUAAGAAGUCUGUCAUGUAGUAAAGUAGAGGAGAAAUCUUAUUAAUCCAGUUGUAUUUCAGAGUUGUUUGUCCCUAUGAUUUUUUAAGUCAAGUUUAAUUUCACAAGACUUUUUUUCUGAGAUUACUUUUGGGGUAAUAUUUAAAAUGAGAGACAUUUUGUAACCCUGUAAAAUACAUAGGGAAUAUAACAUUCCAAUGUACACAACGAAGGCAAAUUCUUUAAUCAAAUAAAAGAGUAUUAUAAAAUGAGAUGUUUACUGGACUCUUAACUUUGAGGUCUGCUUGCUGAUUCAUGAUACUGUAAUAGGAUCUAAAAUUAAAGAUUAAUGAUAUGCUUUUUU